AUGGAAAACAUACUUUGUGAAAAGGCCAAGAGAAAACUGGAUCUGGAAGGAACCACCCAGCAGCGCAUCCCGGAAUUCCGGACACCGAAAGGCAAAGGAACUGCGCUCUCACAUAUCCCCAGUCCCAAAACCCCCAAGUCCCCUGGAGAGAAAACCCGUUACGACACGUCUCUUGGCUUGCUGACCAAGAAGUUCAUCCACUUGCUGAGUGAAUCGGAAGACGGGGUUCUGGACUUGAAUCGGGCUGCUGAGGUGCUGGAGGUGCAGAAGAGACGCAUCUAUGAUAUCACCAACGUCCUGGAAGGGAUUCAGCUCAUCCGCAAGAAAUCCAAGAACAAUAUCCAGUGGAUGGGAACGGGCCUUUUUGAAGAUUCUUCCGUGGCCACGAAGCAGCAUGUCCUGCGACAAGAACUGACCGAACUUUCAAAGAAUGAGAAAGUUUUGGACAAGCUGAUCCAGGAGUCCUCUCUGCAGUUAAAGCAUCUGACAGAAGAUGAGACCAACCAAAGGAGAAUGUCCAGCUCCACCUAAGGAGUACCAAUGGCCCCAUUGAGGUCUACUUGUGCCCAGAAGAAAUUCUGGAAGAAAGUCCUGCCAAGGAGAGCUGUUUUCCUCUUCCACUACCCCAGGAGGUUACUAAACCCACAAUGGUGAAAGUGGAAUUGGUGAAGACGGAGGUGCCGAACUGCCUGAUGGAGGGAGAGGAUGGUCUCCUGGAACCCCCUCAGCACCUCCUGCAGCAGACCGAGGACCAGCUCCCUUCUACAGCCUACGGCGACCCAGGCCCCUUUGUCAGUUUUUCCCCUCCCCUCGACCAAGAGGAUUAUCUAUGGGGACUGGAGGCGAGCGAGGGUGUAAGUGACUUGUUCGAUGCCUAUGACUUGGCGGAUUUGCUGAAAAAUUGAACCUGGAGCUUCCCUGGCCCUUCCUACGGUGCUGCCAAUAACCUGCCCUGCAUAGACACAAGAGAUCCAGAUUCCGAAGCUUUCGGCUCUUUCUUAAUAGCAUCUUUUUGGAAUUUUGUCCAAAAGACACGGCUAAGAAGCUUGCCUCUUCCAGUUCAUACUCCCUCUGUUUAGAAAACUCUC